AUGUCUAAGCAUCACCCAGAUCUCAUUAUGUGCAGGCGACAGCCCGGCAUAGCCAUCGGUCGUCUGUGCGAGAAGUGCGAUGGCAAAUGUCCUGUCUGUGAUUCCUACGUACGCCCCGAGACCCUUGUGCGCAUCUGCGACGAGUGCAACUUUGGUACUUACGGAGGGCGGUGUAUUAUCUGCGGUUCUCCUGGUAUCUCAGACGCGUACUAUUGUGCAGAAUGUACGAGACUAGAAAAGGACCGCGAUGGAUGUCCGAAGAUUGUCAACCUUGGCGCCAGCCGCACAGACUUGUUUUACGAACGGCGGCGGCUGGGAUUCAAAAAGGGCUAA